AUGACAAAAUAUGAUGAAAUGACGAGAAGAAAGUCCAAGGUGGAGAGAUGUACAGAGGGAAUACCAGUGUUCAUGAGCUACGCCAUCCUCCUUCUCACUUGGUUUGCGUUCAACGUCGUCGUGUCAGCUCAUGAGACUCUCCUGCGGCGAGGUGAAUGGUGGCAUUUCAUCUUUCAGUUUAUAAUCUACAACACCCUGUUCACCCUCACCAUCCUCUCUCUUUACGCAGCUUCCCAUCGUUCUCCCGGUCAUCCUGACUACUCCCUGACUCCUCCCCAUCUACGUCAAGAAAUGUCGGAGAAAUCUGCCCAGCAUUCUUCAUCAAUUUUCGAACCUCCUCGAUCAGCUCCGAUCACAGAUCCUGAUGAUAUACCCCUUCGUUUCCUUCGCAAUUCCCAAUGGGUCCAAACGAGGGGUUUUAAAGAAAGACCAUCACCGCUCCCCAUGAAGACUUCUCACUCGCAUAUAUCCCCGGCACUCAUACAUAAUACGGAUGGAAGCAACCCGUCGGCAUUCCCACUCCCUAUGAGUCCAUUCGUGCCUUUAUCUCCCGCCGAUGCAGGACAGGAAGACGAAGACGUGACAGAGAAUGAUCUCUCUCCGAGAAUAGGGGAUGGCGGUUUGGAGAUGGAACCAAGGGGGCAGGGUAUGAAGAAGAAGAGUGACGGUAGACCAAGAAGAUAUUCCGCUUCGGAUGUCGGUCGAGUCAUGGAAGAGGGUACGGGGUUGAUGGCCAAGAGCUCUACGGGUGGACCCAGAUGGUGUAAGAAAUGUGAUGGUUGGAAACCUGAUAGAUGUCAUCAUUGUCGUUUUUGUGAUCGUUGUGUGUUGAAAAACAAACCCUUUGUGCUCUUCAUCAACUAUUCCACCCUCCUGGCCGCUUACGCAGCGAUAGAAUGUAUAAUAGCUACCUUCCGAUAUUUUGCCGAUCCGACUGUCUUCAUCGUCGACCCUUUAUUGAUAUCAAACGUCACCUGUACAACUCCCGAUUGCGUGCGUAGACCAACUGAGUCAGAAGUGGAUUUAAGUCCUGUAGUAAGUAUGUUGAUGGCUAUAAUGGGAGUGUUUUGUACUCUGGCAGUUGGUAGUUUAGCAGGUUAUCAUUGGCAUUUAAUGUCACGGAAUAAAACAACUUUAGAAGAUAUAACUCAUUCAUUCCCCACUGCUCUUCUUCCCGCUUUAUCCUUUCCUCCACAUUCAAACCACCUUGAUCAAUUUCAAAACCGUGUUACAACAAAUAUGUCUGGAUAUCAAGUUCCGAAAUGGAGAAGCGAGCAUAUAAUGACGCAAUCUGAACGUAGAAGAUUACGUCGAGAAGCUGGGAAAAUCAACGUGUAUGAUCUUGGUUGGAGGGAGAACAUAAAAUCGGUUUUCUUCCGAUCAGAUAAGAAAGUCACUUGGUGGGCGGUGGCCCGAGCUAUAUGGCCUUUUGCAAGGGUACAACCUAAAGACGGUGGUCAUUCAUUCGCAUACGAUCCAUUGAAACUUACUCGACUACGUCGACUAACCGCUGAAAUUCAUCUGGGACAAGUAGAGGAGGACGAUUUUGAUGAAGAUGAUGAUGAUGAUGAUGAAGAUUAUCAUCAUCGACAAACUCACGAUCCACAUGAUGAUGAAGAUGUAAUAGAAGGGAGUGAUUGGGGAAGUGUGAAAGAAAGAAAUGAAGAAGAAAUCAAUCUACUUUCACCUAAAGGAGGAAAAGUAGGAUGGUUUGAAGCUUGA